CAACCUCGCAGUUUGACCCUUGCGCGCGUUGUUUUCACGAAAACUUUGCUACGCAUCUGCAUAUCAAGCACUCCGUUGAUCAAUCCCUCUCCAACUACAUGAGCGACGGUCCUGUCCGUAUACAAAUCCUGAGCGAUCUCCAUCUCGAGGUCCCGCCGCCAAGGCGAUCCCGUUUACUGGACUCGUACCAUUUUACCUUCCCCGCCGAAGCAGAAAUAUUGGCCCUGCUCGGAGACAUAGGCGCAACGACAGACGAUGGCCUCUUUGACUGGCUUUACGCACAGCUCAAGAGGUUUAAGACUGUGUUCUUCCUCUCGGGAAAUCACGAAUCCUACGGAUCAUCUAUGGAGGAAUCCAACCGUCGAAUAAUCGACUUCGCCCACAAGUGCCAGGCCAUGCACGAACAGGCUACUCUCCAAGAGCCAUUCGGACGCUUCAUUCUCCUCGACCGCACCCGCUACGAUAUCUCGGAGACAGUAACCGUCUUGGGUUGCACCCUCUGGUCUCGGCUCGACCCCAGUCGCCGUCACGCCAUCCACCUGGGGCUCAACGACUUCAGUCAGAUCCAAGACUUCACCCCGAGUGUCUACAACUCCCUCUUCGAACGCGACCUCGCAUGGCUCGAACGCAGCAUCUCCGACAUCUCGGCGGAGGAGCCUCACCGCAGGAUCGUUGUCAUGACGCACCACGCGCCGACGGUCGAGGGCACGUCGAACCCGCAGUAUCAAGACAGCCCGCUGACCUCGGCAUUUUCCACGGAGCUGGUAGGCGGUCCGUGUUGGAAAGGGAAGGUGAAGGUUUGGGCGUUCGGACAUACGCACUGGGCGUGCGACUUUGAACGAGAGGGCGUUAGGGUGGUCAGCAACCCGAAAGGCUAUGGAAGAGGCGUCGAUAGGGGGUUCGUUCCGGAGAAGGUUGUGGAAGUAUAAUUAGAUUUGAG